GCCUCCAAGGCAGGAUCGUUAUACGGCGCUACGCCUCAAGAUCAAUGAGAAGACAAAGUAAAUGGCGAUAAGGUAGUGCCAGAGGGAGUAUGCAGAUACCAGCCUUCCUUAUCAGUCGUAACGUGUAUCCGGGUGGAGCUCGAGCUGUCGCUGCGGAGGGGAAUGAUGGUGACGCAGCACUUUUCCCCGACGCCGGAGGCCGGGCCUAUAUGAAUAGAGUGGGGCCGGCCUUGGUAGUCAGUCGCAUCAGGGCAGCCAACAGCAGCAGGCAUGGGCAUCGAGAAGUACGCAGGACGCGUCGCGCUGGUGACUGGCGCCAGCUCUGGCAUCGGCGCCGCCAUCACACAGGCGCUGCUCAGACACGGCCUCACCGUCGUCGGCCUGGCUAGGAGGGUCGACAGGGUCAAGGCACUCGCGCUGAAGGACGCCCCUGGUAAACUGCACGCUAUUCAAGGCGAUGUCGCAGACGAGAGCAGCGUCGUGGCAGCGUUCAAGUGGAUCAAAGAAAACCUGUCCGGCGUCGACAUCUUAAUCAACAACGCUGGCGUGAUCACUGAGGCCGAUCUGACGUCUGGCAAGACGGAAAACUGGAAGCGCAUCCUGGACGUGAACGUGCUGGGUCUGAGCAUCUGCACCAGGGAGGCCGUGCAGGACAUGCUGAGCAGGGGCGUCGACGACGGCUUCGUCAUCCACAUCAGCAGCGUAGUGGGACACAUGCCGCCAGUCAACAGCUCCGCAGCGAUGUAUACGGCGAGCAAGCAUGCUGUCAAGACGCUUCUCGAAGGACUGCGGAAGGACCUGGUCGCCAAGAAGAGCAAGAUCCGCGUUGGGGAAGUUUCUCCGGGAAUUGUGAGGACUGAGUUUCUGUUCAAUAUGACGUCGAUUACACCCACUGUUUACGACACAGUACCCUGUCUGGAGUCUGAAGACGUGGCGGAGGCUGUUGUCUACAUGCUGUCCCAACACCCUCGAGUCCAGGUACACGAGGUCAUUGUCCACCCUACUGGCAGUUCGCUGUGACGACGCUAUGUAUCUCGUCAAAGAAACCAGCUGUUAUAUUUUACAUUUAUUUGCAUGUAAUACAUGUAACUUAAUUCAACUUUCGAACUAAACAUUUGUUUCUUUAUUAAUCUCUUACAUCUGUAUUACACUGUAAAAGAUCUUUGUCAAAUAUGUUUUGUAAAAGACGUAUCAUAAAAUUUUUGCUGGUGUACUCCGGCACAUUUAAUGUAUCUCUUACAAAAAUUUUAUCUUAGACCUAACUUUUGUAAAACGUUUGUCAAAGAAAUUACACAGUGUAAUACGGGCCUUACUGAAA